CAACAAUAUGGGCGGAGCUUGCAUACUUGUUUUUUCAACUCUUCUACUAGGCUACCAAAGCUUAGUGCUCGCUGCUGUUCCACCGUUUCCACUAGAAGAUAUUGUGAAGAAUGCUACUAGAGCACUUUCGAGUGCCUUGAAUCCCGACCCAAUCGGAUUCAGUUCGUCAACUUACUUGGAAACUAUAUCUGGCAUUGUGAACUACUUUUCUGCCUACCAGAAUGCUAAUGGCUCGAUUAUUGAUCCUUAUGAGCAUAGGGAAACAUUUUACUCAACUCCUUGCUAUGCAUUCAGUGCUGCUGUGCUGUAUGCAACUGGAUAUAACAAAACGUUGCUGGUUAGUGCUUCCUUGGCUCUAACAAAUUCACUGGAGCAGCUUGCUAGUGGUCGCUGCCGAAACAACAGUUGUCAUUUUUUUGUGAUGCCUAGUAUGUUGGCUUACAAUCUGUUGAGAAAACACAUAAAGAAUGAGACACUGUUGAAGAAGUGGAAGUCAUUGGCUACAUCUGUAGAUCCCAACAAGACAUAUGCUUACCAUGGUAACAAUUGGGACACAGUCGCACUAACCGGAGAGUUUCUUCGCUGCAAGCUAGGAUUCUGUAAAGACACUUCAUGGAUAACCACCACUCUUCAAGCACAGAUGGCACAUUUUACAGCAAAUGGUCAAUACAUGGAUAAGACAGGUUGUGAUUACUUAAAUCCAAUGCCCUAUGACCACUUUCCACGGAAGUAUCUAGCUGUAAUGAUGGAAUGGAAAUAUAAUUUGUCAUUCUCUGAUGACCUAGCUAUCUACCUGGAAAGAGGAGCUUGGGUAUCUCUGCUGAUGCAAUCUCCAUGGGGUGAACUUCCAACAGGUGGUCGCAGUUCACAACAUCAGUGGAAUGAAGCGGAACAAGCAGUUACAUAUGAGAUAUUUGCUGACAAAUCUGCCCAAGCUGGUGACACAGUUAGUUCUAGAGCAUUCAAGCGUGCGGCAAUGCUGGCACAUAAGUCGGUGAGAAGAUGGCGUCGUUCAUCUGGUGACCUCUUCAUUGUCAAGAACAGAUUUGACCCUUCGCUUAGACACGGAUAUGAGAGAUACUCGUACCAUUCAACCUACAACUUGUUAACAAGCAGCAUGCUUGCAACAGCAUACCUGUAUUGCAGUGAUGCUGUCAAAGAAGGCCCAACUCCGGCAGAAGUCGGAGGAUUUAUUUUUGAGAUCAAAGAGUUCCACAAAAUAUUUGCCAAUGUUGCUGGUAUGUAUGUUGAGAUAGAAACGCUUGCUGACCCUCACUACGAUAGUCUAGGUUUGACCCGUAUUCAUCUGUCUGGGAUUGAUCCUCUUGUCAUGCCUUCAAGUGGUAGUUCUAUUGAUGCUGGAGGGUUAGCAAUUGCCUCUCCUACAUUCUACAAUGAAACUGCAAAGAAAUGGCAAAUGAUGGGUCAAGCUGGUUGUCCUCAGAAAGUCAACUACUCAUUAUCCUUCAUUUCUUGGCAACAGGGCUCGCUGUCAUUUACAAUAGAUUGGGAUUUGCUGAACACCGGCUUGAUGUACAGCACCUUGAGUAGCGAGUACACAGUCACACCAAGUGAUGUAUCAGUUAUGCUAUUUGCUUUUUGGCGUGACAAAUACCUUGGAUUUAGUUUUCCAGUGUUCUUGUUUGAUGGUCAAACUAACUCAACUUACAAAAUUCUUGAAGGAAAAGCUGGAGUCGCCAUAACAUGGAUAAAUUCCACACAAGAGUUUACUGUGACUGUUACACCAAGUCUUUCAGAGCUGGGGCUGCCAUGCAGUUGCGUCCGUUUACCAGGAGAAGUGGUGUCUCGCAAUGGCUAUCUUGCAAACGUCCGAUGCACGGUUCAAUUCUACGAUCUGUCUGGACCUGAUGACCCUGCUUCAAUGGCCUACAAGAUUUCUCCGAAGGCAGCAAAAAAUAAGAAUGCAAAGAAGAUCGUGCAUUUGAACUAAAUAUACUUGAUGUUGCCCGAAGAAUGGUCAAUUGCAAUAUGGCUGUCUUUCUAUAUGAUAUUAGUGUACGGGCAGGCCAAGCGUUGCAAUAUUCGAUUGUUGCGUGAAUAUGUUCAAUUUCGGCAAAAUAUAUGGGAUGAAUAUAUGCGAUUCUGUUGUGAAUGUAUGCGAUUUGGUUGUGAAUAUA